ACGCAACAGUCAUAGUUUCCCACAGGCGCCACGCGAGCAAGGAAGCACAUAACGUCACCAGGACACAGCGUCGCAAGCCCAAGCCUGCAGGUGCCCGCCAACCUGCUCCCCUUACUCGUAAGAAGACAAGUACAUCUCUCUUCGGCCAGGAGGGAGCGAGAGGGUAUUCCGCCGCGUAAGGAGGAUGGCCUCGAAGGGGACCAAAACCAAGGCUCAGAAGAGACGGGAGGCGUGGGACAAGCGAUUGCAGGCCAACAAUGGAACCUUGGCAGGAGGCAGCAUGAAGGCGUCCCCGUGUUCGCGACUGUUUUUUGCUUGGAUCACCCCGCUGGUGAACCUGGCCUACGCUCGCCCGUUGGAGCCGGAGCACCUGUUCCCGCUGCCCGCGUCGUCCGAGACAGCGGGGCUGCUCGACCGUUUCCGGGAUGCCUGGGGGCAGCAGCUGGCGAAGCCCAAGGGGGAGAGGAGCCUGGCCAAGGCGAUGGCGAAGGUGUUCAAGGCCUCCCUGAUCGCGACGGCCUUCCUAGCAAUGGCGCAACAGAUGGUGCUGCUGGCGGUGCCUCUCAUCGUGCAGCAACUUCUGCAGUGGCUCAUAGACGAGGACAGCAGCGACACGUACAUCGGGGUCGUCUGGGCGAUCACUCUGUUUCUCGUGGGCUUCUGCGGGAACGGCCUCCUAACGAACCACUACUUCUUGCACCUGUACGUUAUGGGCAUGGACGCGAGGACUAUGCUCAACGCGGCCACCUACUCGAAGUCGCUGCGGCUCUCCAACAAGGCUCGGCAGAGCACGAGCACGGGCGAGCUGGUGACCCUCAUGUCCAACGACGCGCAGCGGCUCCCGGACAUGGCCCUCAGCAUUCACGCCAUCUGGAGCACCCCGCUCUUCAUCGUGGUGGCCGUGUUCCUCCUCGUCAACCUCGUCGGGGCGGCGGCGGUGGCCGGGAUCAUGCUCCUGGUGAUCAUGAUCCCGAUACAGGGGGUGCUUGCGGCCAAGCAGAUGGGGCUUCAGCGCGCCCAGAUGAAGCAAACGCAGUCGCGGGUAAAGGUCAUCAACGAAGUCUUGCAGGGAAUCCGCAUCGUCAAGUACUACGCGUGGGAAGUUCCCUUCGUAGAGAGGAUCGCUGCCCUGCGCGACACGGAAGUCGACAAGAUUAAGAGCUUCGCCUUCGUGAACGCGUACUCGAUGUCAAUCAUGCUCACCACCCCGUUCGUGAUGGUCAUGCUUACCCUCGUGGUGUUCUUCAACGUUGACGGCGACUUCAGCCCGGACGUGGUCUUCACCGCGGUUUCCCUCCUUCUCGUGAUCCGGUUCCCGCUCAUGAUGCUCCCCAUGGCCGUCGCCAGCUGGGUCCAGGGGAAAGUCUCCGUCGGGCGCAUGCAGGCGUUCUUCGAGCUGGAGGAGCUGCACCCCAGCGACCGGGAGUGGACGAACCGCCAAGGCCAGGGGAGCGGCGCGGUUUCCAUCACCGGCAAGUUUGUCUGGACCCCUUCGGAUGAGGACGACGACGAUGCCACCGGCGGCGGCGGCGGUGGUGGCGCGGGUGCGCAGGGCGGGGAGACGAAGGAGGAGGGCGAGCUCGCUGCGGCUGCCUCUAGCGGGAAGAACGGCACCAAGGGGGCUGCCGUGGCUGACGAGGGCGGCGAGGAGCGACCCGACGACCUGAAGAAGGAGAAUUCCGUGGCCGAGAAGUGGGAACUCAACGUCAAGGGCCUCCGGAUACCCUCCCACAAGCUCACCGCUGUCGUUGGGCAGGUGGGCAGCGGCAAGAGCAGCCUGGUGUCGGCGCUGCUGGGAGAGAUGACCAAGGUCGAAGGGCGCGUUUCCAUCGACGGCAGCGUGGCGUACGUGGCGCAGACGGCCUGGAUCAUCAACGCCACGCUCAAGGAGAACGUCCUGAUGGGCCGGCCUUUCGACGAGGCGCGGUACCAGAAGGUUCUCGACGUGUGCGACAUGAAACAGGAUCUGUCUCAACUGCCGGCGGGCGACGAGACCGAGAUCGGCGACAAGGGCAUCAACCUGUCGGGCGGCCAGAAGCAGAGGGUUUCGAUAGCGAGAGCGGCCUACGCCAACGCGGACGUGUACAUCCUGGACGACCCGCUGUCCGCCGUCGACGCCCACGUCGCAAGGCAUCUGUUCGACGAAUGCCUGGCGGGGUUCCUCAAGGGCAAGACCGUCGUCCUUUGCGCCAACCAGCUGCAGUUCCUGCCUCAGACUGACCUUGUGCUAGUGCUCGACGGAGGUCGCAUCGUUGAGGAGGGGUCGUACGGGGACCUGAUGGUGGCGGAAGGCGGAGGGCUGGCGAAGCUGAUGGAGAUGUUUGCCGAGGACGAGUCGGAUGACGAACUUGGCGGCGAUGGCAACCAGGAGACCAAGGCUGGCGACGCCUCUGAUUUGCUCGGAGACGGGACCGUCCGCUUCUCAUCGCGCCCCCCCCCGAGGGGCACCCCGGCCAGGGGUAGCCGCGCACCGCGCCCCCCAACAGCGGGGCCCCCUACAAGCGGCCGGCCGCGCUCCCUGGCGAGCACACCGAUAAGGGGGAGUCGCGGAGGCAGCCGCUCGUCUUCCGUCGUGGGCGUCGGCGAUAGCGAGAUUUCGAGGGCUAUGAGGGCAGAUAGCGCGGACCACCUGUCGCGCUCGGUCCACGACGCAUCUGCCACGAUGGUGGGAGGGGGUUUCGCGGGGGGAUCCUCGCCGGUACCGUCCUCCUCGGCGAGCCACCCCGACUGGCAGCUGAUGGAGGCGCUCCACACGGCGGGGUUCGAGGACGAGGACGACGAGGAAGACGAGAAUGCCGCCGCCUUCAUGGGCGUGAUGGCGAAUGCGUCCUACAGGCGCCGCCGGCGCAAGAGCAACAGCAACAGCGUUGGCUUGGCCGGCGACGGCGUCGCUGACGGCAUGCGGGCUUCCAAUGCGAGCGGGCAGUACAGCAGGCAGUAUUCUGACGGCGGCGCUGACAGCAUGCGGGCUUCUGACGCCAGCAGGCAGUACAGCAGGCAGCACUCUGACGGGGAGAGGGCCGCCAAGACUACCAGCGCCGUGGCUGAGGAAGCCUUCAACGCCGGCGGGGCGCUGCAGACGGUGGAGGGGAAGGAGGAGGGCGCGGUAGCCCUGAGGGUGUUCAAGAUCUACUUGAAGGACGGGUCCGGUGGCUGGUUCCUGCCAAUCGUGCUCGUGAUUGCCAGCGUCCUCACCCAGGGCGUGACGAACGUGUUCGACUGGUGGCUGUCCUACUGGUCCGACAAGUUCCUGGAGGACGGAGCGACUGAGUCGUGGUACCAGCAUGUGUACGCCGGGCUCUGCGUGUCGGUGGUGGCCCUGUACCUUAUCAGGGCGCUCCUGUUCGCGACGCAAGCCGUCAGGUCCUCCCGCCACCUCCACUCCGUCCUCGUGAAGGGUGUCAUGCGCGCGCCGGUGUCGUUCUUCGACACUACCCCUGUCGGGCGUGUGCUGAACCGGUUCACCAAGGACAUGGACUCGAUCGACCUGCUGCUGCCUCGCAACAUCCCGCAGUUCGUGGCCACCAUGUCCGUCCUGAUCGGGGUUAUGAUCACCAUCAUCAUCGUGCUGCCGUGGUUCGCCGUUGCCAUCUUGCCUGUCGGAUUCUGCUACUAUAAAGUCCAGAUGCUCUACCGACCGGUGAACCGCGACCUGCAACGCCUUGAGAGCGUUUCGCGAUCUCCCAUUUUCGCGCAGUUCUCCGAAACCCUUAACGGCGUCUCCACGGUUAGGGCGUACAACCAGGAGGGCGAGUUUAUCAACCGCAACAAUGCUCGCCUGAGCAACAGCUCCACGGCCUUCUUCCUCAUGCACGUGUCCAACCGGUGGUUGGGUAUCAGGCUGGAGGCCAUGGGCACCACCAUGAUCCUUGCAGCGGCUCUGCUGAUCGUGUUCAGCAAGGGCUCCGGGGGCAUCGCCAUCAAGGGAGGCGUCGCCGGCCUCGUCCUCACCUACACCCAGCAGGUGACCGGCUACCUGACGUGGACGGUGAGGAUGGGGUGCGAAAUGGAGGCUCGCAUCACCGCCGUGGAGCGCGUCCAGGAGUACGCCGACUUAACCCCUGAGGCACCCCCCAUCGUGGACGACUACCGCCCCCCUCAGGGGUGGCCCGAAUCCGGAGCGGUGAAGCUCUCGGGGAUCAAGAUGCGAUACCGCCCGGGGCUUGACCUCGUCCUCAAGGGUGUCUCCCUCGACAUCAAGGGAGGAGAGCGAAUAGGCAUCGCCGGCCGGACCGGUUCGGGCAAGUCUUCCCUGAUGGUGACCCUGUUCAGGAUGGUGGAGCCGUGCGGCGGCAGCCUGAUGAUCGACGGGGUGGACGGGCUGAGGAUAGGGCUACAGGACCUUCGGAAGGCCAUCUCCAUCAUCCCUCAGGACCCCGUGAUGUUCUGCGGGACAAUACGGGACAACCUCGACCCGUUCGGGCUCUGCGACGACGUGACCAUUUGGGCCGCCCUGGAGGCGGCUCGCCUGGCGCACUACGUGUCCGGCCUGGAGGGCAAGCUCGAGGCCGAGGUGAGCGAGGGGGGAGAAAACCUUUCCCUUGGGCAGAGGCAGCUGGUGUGCCUGGCCCGCGCGGUGCUCCGGCGAAAUAAGAUCCUGGUCAUGGACGAGGCCACCGCUAACGUCGACGUCGACACCGACUCGUUGAUCCAGGAGGCGAUUCGCCAGGAGUUUUCAGGGUGCACAGUUCUCACUAUUGCCCAUCGGCUCAACACGAUCAUGGACUCGGACAGGAUUCUCGUCAUGGAGGACGGCAAGGUGGGCGAGUUCGACACCCCGGCCAACCUGGUGGCCAACCCGAACUCUCGCCUCAUGGGCUUCAUCCGACAGACGGGCGGCGGGUCAUCCCGCCGCCUGGUCGCCAUCGCCAACAACGCCGCCGCCACCAUCACCGACGCCGACGCCGGCGACGAGACGGUCAGCGCAUCCCCACCGUCUUGUAAGGGCAACGACGGUCCGGCGCCAGAAGCAGCAGCAGCAGGCCCGGGGAAAGAUGGCGUUGAGGGCGAGCAGGAGACGAGGGGGCUGCCUGACGUCGUGGUGGCACCGGGGGCGGCGGCGCGUGCCCCAGGCACCCCAACAGGGCCGCCGCGUGCGUCGGGGCUACACCCUGCGCCGCCGCGCACGCCGCCCGCGCAGCCUGCGACGGCGGCGAGGACUACUAUCAGGACGGCUUCCCCUCGGCCGACAGAGUGAUGGAUGGAUCGAUCGAUUAAUUGCUGCUGCUGCUGUUGCUACAUCAGUUAAUGUCGCCAUUUUUUUUUUUUCCAACACGCACGCGUUUUUGUAUAGUAGCCGCCGUCGUGCUGUUGAGUCACGGGUCCCCCUGACAUUGUUUGUGUUUGGGUUUCUUACAAGGGCUACACGCAAGUGGAUUGAACGGCGGCAACGACGAGGGCGCGUGCCAGUUCAAGGAAGCAGUGGGGGCGGGCUGGGGGCGUCUUCACUUUACGCCCUUCCAACAUGAAGAGGGCAAACGAGUGCUUGUCGAUCAUGACGCUCUUGGAAUUGAAGCGACACACUUAUUAUGGCGGCGUUUCGUGCUCAAGCAGUUUCUUCAUCCGCCUUUUCUCUUGUGUGCGGUCCGGCCUGGGCAGCCAGACCGAAUUGACACGUGAAGCAUGUCCCCCUUGUCGGUCGGAGUUGUUGGCAGCAGGACCACGCGUGGUCUAAUUUAUUUUAUCUUGUGCUUCGGCGUGCAGGUAGGCACCGCAGGCACGCAGCAAGCAGCCGCGGCCACAUCGUUAGGGUCCUCCCAACUUACAUUGGGGGGUCCCCGCAAAAGAUGACGCCAAGCUCUCCGUCGUUUGUCAGCGGCACGAGAUUGCUGCUGCAUCUUCUUGUCCUGCUGAAUGUCUUGCCGGAAGAGGGGACAGCAGUCCGUGAGUUCUGCCAGCUCGCGAGUGAAACGUUUCUUGCUCCCGUCUUUUUUACCUCUUGAGGCCUUUUUUGGUCGAGCCCCCGAGAUAUUCUCGAGGUUUCUUGUGGGUGAUUGUUUUUUUCGGGCGUUUGGCUGGAUGCGUUGUACGUAUUGUAUCGUACUGGGUGAUGGCCACUGGAGCUCGUCAACUUUCCUUGAAUGUUACAGUACGGAAAGAGGAGGAUUUGUGACGAGAAGAACCCAGUUGUUAUGACAGCAGGUCUGUAAAAAAGUACCGGCACGUACGUACGCACCGCCACGCGCUUGCGUUGCUCGUUCCUGCCUUCAUUUUUGUCCCUUGCCGCAGCCUUCUUCGUGUCAAUGUUUGCUGCUCUCGAUUGUUUUUGCACCACGGUGCGGAAUCAACACUUAUGCAGUAACGCGCGCACGCUCGCGUGCCAACCGAAUCUCUUGUCUCGCUUAAUGUCUCUUGUGGAGGGAGGGGCGGGCAAAUAGGCUGAAAGCAAUUAGAAGUAUUUUCUUUGCGAGCAGGAAAUGCAGCAGCAGCAGCAGCAGCGUAACGGAAGGGGGGGGCUUCACCGGAGUUGGAGACGCAUUUUUGUUGGAUGCGUGUUUUAGUCAAGGCGCCAGUCGCGGUCUUGAUGGAAGUCGUGAAAUAUUAUUGUGCCACACGCGGCUUGCCGGUGCUGAUUGAGGGAGGGAGGGAGGUGGUGUAAUUUUUUCUCGGAUUCGUGGGAGAACCAGAAUAAAAAAUGUACAGGUGGAGGCCCUCUUGUUUUCUGUUGAUGCCCGGCGGCCGCAUGAAACAAUAACUAUACGACAGGGUCGGUGGUGAUUAUGGAUUAUACAAUCAGGCUGGGGUACGCCGCCAAAGGUUGGUGUGAUUGCGUUGGGGUGAGGGGGGCAGAAACGUUCUUCGUUGUUGUAAGGUGUGUAUGGCGUUCUUUUUUGCUGUUUCCGUGCAAGACAAAUUCUGUGCAGCAGUCCACCGUACCCCCCUUUCGUUACCGUUGGUGUUUUGGCGCACCAUCCGGGGUCGCACAAACGGGAGGAUAGGCAAACCCUGCUGUGAUUUUUUUUGUUGUUCAGUUUUUUGUUGCGCCUUUCCUCCUGAGGUGCCUGGCUUCCUUACACUCCUUUAUUUUUUUCAGUACUUAUUUUGAGAGAAGGAUUCAUCCAGCAAGUAGUUGUAGCUCCUCGCCAUACUUUGUCUGAAGUCACGACUGGCUGCUUCAUGUUGUGCGUUUUCCACGCGAAAUGGUUUCCACUGCUUUUCCCCAGAGAGAAUGGAACCCGCAACCAAGAGAGUCAGGGUCACGAAGGCUUGAACCUACCACACGGACGGGGCGGCCGGUGUUUUUGUGCGUGGACAGAUCAUUAGUAGUCGUCAUGUCUAGUAGAGCAGACGUGAGUCGCGCUCUAUGCAUAUGGUCAUUGUGUGACCACCACCAACCUCAUCAUGCAUGAGGAAAUUUGUGUUAACUCUCAUUAGGUUGGAACGGAGCUUACAGACAAAAACAGGCCACACAUUUGCUGCAUACGUGGUGGGCAUGCAUACGUGUUGGGGAAGUUGCAUCGAUGGGGGGUGCAACCACCCCCAGCGGUGAACGCACCCCGGCGUCCCAGGGGGGUGAUUCAGGGAUUGAAUCAUGCGAUGUAUGUUGCCCAAGAUUGCCCAUCUUUUGGGUUCUUUUCGUUGUGGUUUUCAUUUGGAAUGGAAGUAUUAUGUUUCUUGGCGCAUCGCGUGCACAUCCAUGUACCUCUAUAUUUCCUCCCUUUUCGAAUCUUAUAUUGCCGGCGAUAUCUGAUUUGUUGUCUAUGUAGGGACUCUUGUUGCAUGAAGUGCAAUUUUUUGCCCUGUUUUUGUCGCUGAUAUUUAUUUGUUCUACAUCGCGUAGGUUAAGUUCGUGACUAUUUUUUGCAGCAGUUUAUUUUUUGGUUCUCGUUUGAUUUUUGAAGAUUGGUACCCUGUUGGGGUGAGGUAGUUGGCCUUGUGGCCACGGAAGGCGUGCGUUCGUCCGCGUCAAUUGGAUUGGUACCUACGGGUGGUGCUGGGAGGAGACCGGGACAGUUUGGAGUGUGACGGCAACAACGUUGGUAACGAACACAGCAGUGGUAGGCGUUCCGAAAAGGGAGGAAAAGGGUGAGUGUAUGUACGUACGCACAUGCAUGCAUGUGAUGACUCAUCUGGUCUGCCGUAGAAUAUAUUUAGUGGUGAUACAGCAGUGGCGAUCACGGAGCCGAUCUACGUUUAAGCGUUUGAUGUUCGUUGAAAAGCAUGGGAGAUGGGGGGCGGGUUCGCUGAUCGAGGGAAAAGAGGCGAUGGUUGGGUGGAAAAGGUUACAAAAAUGAUAGUGGUCCGGGGACACAAACUAUGUGCCUACAGCAAAAAAGAAACGAACGACCGACAGAUCGAAAGCUGGGAGUGACGCCCAGCGGGUAUAGUUUGUUGUGAGGAGGCCAAGAGACAGCAUACGUAGAUGAUGCACCCACAAGGGCGUGAAUUAACGCUUCAGGCAUGGGCGUGCCGACAGAGCAAGCAACAACGUGGGUAGGGUGUCGUUUCACCCGUCGAAAAGCUUUCUUGCGUAGCGUUUAAUACGCGUACUGGAGGCGCUUAGUUGUUCUGUUCCAAACGUUCUUGUUCCACCACGUAUUUUAUUGCGGGCGGGGCGGGAAAGAGUUUCUUUAUCAAAACCACCGUCCGUGUCGCGUCCGAUCGCAAACCGGGCGCGGGGAAAAUUAGUUAUGCGACUGCAGUGCUACCACCGUAGCCAGUCCCCGAGAUUGUGCACACUGCACUUCUGUCGUGGUUGUUUCAGGGCUCCGCGUAUGCUGGAACCAGCGGCCCUUCAGAGUUCAUCAGGACAACAAGUUUGGAUCACCCACGGCGUCGUCAUGUCUUGUUGAGAGAAGCGAGAGCAAUGUCCAGCCCAAGCCGAAGUAAUCGCCCCCACGAAAGACCGCGGCGGUUGGUUCACAUUUCGCUCUUCUUUCGUCCGCUCAAACCCAACCAUGACCGACGGGAAACCAUCGCUUUAACUCCUGAGCUAGGCCCUCUGAUGAAUUUCCGUACUCUUACCAUCCAUUGCAUCCCUGCCCUUACGAGUAUCUUGACAAAAACUAAACGAGACCACGCACAACAUUUCUAUCAUCGGCGGUAGUGGCCGACAAACUUCUACUUGAGCACGUACCGCGUAGCUCCAUACACGAACCCAACCCACAUUACGGUGCGCUUCCGACACUGUCCCUGGGUGCCUCUGCCUAACGUGCGCAGGUUCAUCUUCCGAACCAAUCUUUCCUUUUCAACGUAUAGAUAUCAGCGGCCCACGCCUGCCGCUACACUGAGCGUUCCCUAAGUGGAAAGCGCUACGAAAACGAAGCCGAAGAUAGGAUAACGGUAAUACUCACGUACGUACGGUAUCAAAACGAGACGCUUCAUUCAGUAACUGGUUCGUUCGGAUUCUUCCUUCCGAACGUGGACAAUCAACCGCACCCCACACAUCGAGCUCGUGGUCACUCACUCUCGCUACUGAUGUUCCUACCCUGUGGAAAAUGAUGGAACGAAAUCAUCGGGAAACGAACAACCACUUGGUUUGAUCAUUCCGAACGUGAACAAUCGCGCCCACUACUCACCAUAAACAACAUGCUUCAGAGGUACAAACAACCGUAGACUCCACGAAACACGAGAGCGAACAAGGUGGCAAAAAAAGAUCGCCGCGAUACCGUAUUUUUCAAUCCAUCCCCAUCCCCCGCCACUCUUUUUGCAUGUUCACGCAGUCCGCCGCCGUCGAUGCUGUCGCCAGACAGAUGAAAAAUCAAUGUACACGUGAAAAAAACGAAAACAGGCCGAAAAUAAUUUUUGCCUGCACCAAUACAACCAAUUACUCACAACGAGGGGGGACGGUGGCGUGGGAAGUGGAACGACAACGGCGCAUUCCACAUCGAGUCGACACCUAACCCCCCCCCCCCCCCCCCCCCCCCCCCCCCCCCCCCCCCCCCCCCCCCCCCCCCCCCCCCCCCCCCCCCCCCCCCCCCCCCCCCCCCCCCCCCCCCCCCCCCCCCCCCCCCCCCCCCCCCCCCCCCCCCCCCCCCCCCCCCCCCCCCCCCCCCCCCCCCCCCCCCCCCCCCCCCCCCCCCCCCCCCCCCCCCCCCCCCCCCCCCCCCCCCCCCCCCCCCCCCCCCCCCCCCCCCCCCCCCCCCCCCCCCCCCCCCCCCCCCCCCCCCCCCCCCCCCCCCCCCCCCCCCCCCCCCCCCCCCCCCCCCCCCCCCCCCCCCCCCCCCCCCCCACCGCCUCAACACUAAACACUCGAAGACUUGCAGUAAAGUUACACGACUUUCUGGUCGCGAUAUCGUGGCGAUCGACCUCCAGAGUACAUGUAUGUGUAGACUAGUCUAUGUGUGAAAAAACCAAGUCUUUCCAUAGGUUCCUUAAAUUUUCAAGAAACGCUCUUUGUGGGCCGCUUCCAGAAACAAAAAAACUUGAGCGAUUGGUUACGCUUGUUUAACGGUCGCCCAUGAUGUUCAUUCCCACCUCGCCGAAGUAAACAGGCUCGUCGCCCUUCUUGAGGGCCACUUCCUUCGCAUUCUGCAACAAAA